AUGACAAUGUCAUUAUCAGAAUUUAUUGCAUUAUUUGGUUCUUUUAAUGACGCUGAAGAAUUUGCAAAUGCAUCAUUUUUAUUUGUCACACAUAUAUGUGUGUAUGGAUUAUUGAUCAUAAAUUGUACCCACAUAAAACUUUUGAAAUAUCGUAUUUCAACAAUAAAUAAAUAUAUCAGUGACACACUGAUAUUAAGUCUCUAUGAUACCCAAUGGACAUCAUUAUCAAUAAAUGGAAAAAAAAGUUUAAUCAUAAUGAUGAUACACAGUCGAAAACUUAUACAAUAUACAUGUGGAUAUAUUGUAACACUUUCGCUUGAUGCCUUUACAAGUAUUCUAAAAUUAUCAUAUUCUAUAUUUAAU